AGAAAAUGAUGUUACUAGGUGCUUAACUACCUAAACCACAAAGUGAGGAAUGCAUACAAGCAUCCAGAUAUUUAGUGGGAAAAUUAUUUGGAGAUGGAAGAUAGACAACUGAGGUUAUUUGGGGUAGUGUUGAGUUUUUGUUCCAUGGCUGAGCAAUGUCUGGGGGAAUCUGAAGAAGGAAAUGAAACUGGAAAAUCUUCUUUGAACUACGAAGAAUGCAGAGAAAACAUUGCUUAACCUCCCAUUUCUUCUGAAACUGAUCAAGUUAGCCAGUUCAAGGAGUUUUAGAUCAGCUUUGGAUCCCCUAGAUCAGAAUUAGGAUAUAUAUUAAUUAAAUUGCUAAUCCUUGU